CCCUAUGAGAGAGGUAGAGAAGCGCGAGAGAAAAUCAAGGGACCCCACAAGGAAAAGGGUCGAGGUUCACCGUGCCUGAAUUUUACACGUGUAGAUUUCUCAUGCGCGGAUACAUACAUACAAUAUGUACAAACACUUAAACUCCUGGACGUUUAUUGGCUUGUGAGAUUGAGGGACGGCGACAUUUGUCUCCUUCCUUCCUAUGCUAAGUAGAACCCCCGUGACAAGAACCAAGCAAACAAGCCAUUUAGGGGUCGGAUCGAAUCCAUCUCGACAGGGGCGUUGGAGGCUAACUGCCUUUCUUAGUUACUCAUGGACGCAAACUGGCAUCUUCGGACGUCUUUCGUUGGCCAUCGGCGAGAAUUCCCUCUCCGCUACCGAUAGUGCUGGUAGCCGAGGACAUCCGUCACCGCAAUGGGUUUUUUCUCUCGGCGUUUGGGUUUCGGGGGCUCAUGCUUGGCCUGGUCUGGUCGGACGGAUCGAUCGCGGCUCGGAAAAUUCGGUAUCGCAGCCUAAUGUGACGGUGACGCACCCCACAUUCCUCUUCUUCCCUCGCCUGUGGGGUCUAGCGUUUCCGGGCGGCAACCUGCCGCCGUCUCCUCGUCCGCACACAACGUCUCAUUUAAGACCAGGCCAGGAAGCCCCGAAGAUAAGGGGUGUCUCGAUUCUCCCACUUGCAGGCCAAGCGUGACAGAUGACGGCAUGGGCGGUCAACAGACAUGGGUUGGGCUCUGGGCUCUAUCCGGUUUUUUUGUCAUUCGCAAACGUUUUGUAUGAGUUCGCUUCACUGCGCUAUCUAUUUCGUGAAUAUUAUGAGGCAGGCAGCGUAGGGAAGGGGUU